AGGCAGUGAUGAUGAAGACGAGCCCGCUGACAGAGCACUGCCUGAGGACCCGGACACCUGCCUGCAGCUCAACAUGGUCUACCAGGAGGUGGUGCGGGAGAAGCUGGCUGAGGUGGGCCGGCUGCUGGCCCAGAACCGGGAGCAGCAGGAGGAGAUCUCGUGGCUGCUGGCCGGGUCGAAGGGUCCCAAGGUGAAGGACGGCAAGGGCCUGCCACAGAACGUGUACAUUGGGCACUUCAUGAAGCCGUACUUCAAGGACAAGGUCACGGGAGUGGGGCCUCCUGCCAACGAGGACACGCGUGAGAAGGCCACCCAGGGCAUCAAGACGUUCGAGCAGCUCCUGGUGACUAAGUGGAAGAGCUGGGAGAAGGCCUUGCUCCGGAAGUCGGUGGUGAGCGACCGCCUGCAGCGCCUGCUGCAGCCCAAGUUACUGAAGCUCGAGUACCUGCGCCAGAAGCAGGGCCGCGUGUCCAGUGAGGCCGAGCGGCAGGCCCUGGAGCAGCAGGCCCGGGAGGCGGAGCGCGAUGUGGAGCGCAUCAACCAGCUUCCGGAGGAGGCCCUGCUGGGCAACAGGCUGGACAGCCACGACUGGGAAAAGAUUGCCAACGUCACGUUUGAAGGCGGCCGCAGCGCUGAGGAGAUCCGGAAGUUCUGGCAGAACUCAGAGCACCCCAGCAUCAACAAGCAGGACUGGGGUGCCGAGGAGCUGGAGCGGCUGCGGGCCAUCGCCGCCUCGCACGGCCACCUGCGGUGGCAGGACGUGGCCGAGGAGCUGGGGACGGGCCGUAGCGCCUUUCAGUGCCUGCAGAAGUUCCAGCAGCACAGCAAGGCCCUGAAGCGCAAGGAGUGGACGCCGGAGGAGGACCGCAUGCUCACGCAGCUGGUGCAUGAGAUGCGCGUCGGGAGCCACGUCCCCUACCGCCGCAUUGUCUACUACAUGGAGGGGAGAGACUCCAUGCAGCUCAUCUACCGCUGGACCAAGAGCUUGGACCCCAGCCUGAAGAAGGGGUCCUGGGCCCCCGAGGAAGAUGCUAAGCUGCUCCAGGCGGUUGCCAAACACAGGGAGCAGAACUGGUUUAAAGUCCGGGAGGAGGUGCCAGGCAGGAGCGAUGCCCAGUGCCGCGAUCGGUACCUGCGAAGGCUCCAUUUCAGCUUGAAGAAGGGACGCUGGGACCCGAAGGAAGAGGAGCAGCUGCUGGAGCUGAUCGCCAAGUAUGGCGUGGGUCGUUGGGCGAAGAUCGCGGCUGAGCUGCCCCACCGGUCAGGCUCCCAGUGUCUGAGCAAGUGGAAGGGCCUAGCCGAGAGGCGGCAGCGGCGGCGCCGGCCACAGAGGCGCAGCAUGCCGUGGAGCUCCAGCAGCAGCGACAGUGACCCUGGCAGCCAGGGCAGCAGCGACAGCAGUGACACCAGCGAGGACACAGAGCCCGAGCCGGAGGAGUCCUGGCAACCUGGCCAAGCGCCGCCCUCUCCACAGUACGUGGUGCCAGACAUGGACCUGUGGGUCCCAGCCCGGCAGAGCCCCAGCCGGCCUCACGGGGCUGGGGUCAGGACCUGCACGCGGCAGCCAGUGCCUGGCGGAGCCACAGCAGACCGCCGGGAAGCUCCUGCCGUGGCCUCUGCUCCCGCAGCCCCGAGGCAAGCUCAGACCCCCAGUAGAAGUGAGCUGAGCCCCCGGACAGGAGACCCUCAGCCUGCAAGCCCAGAGCAGACAGCCUGCCAGAAGGAAAAGCUGAGGCGGCCGCCCCUGCCCAGCUCCGCCCUGGGGCCUCGCCCUGGCACAUUCCGAAGUGGGCACCGCCGGCAGAGACCCAGGUGGCAGCGCAGGCUCCUGAAACGCAGGCUUCUGUUGGCUGUGAGCCCCUGGGUGGGCCCUGCGCCCCUGCCCAGCCCGCAGGCUGCGCACACCCGAGCCGAUGGCAUCCGCACGCGCCUGAAGGACGUCCAGCUGCCCAGCAGGCCUGUGUUCACCCUGUUAAUUCAGCUCUUCCAGAUUGACACUGCUGGCUGCAUGAAGGUUGUGGAAGAGAGGAAGGCCCAGCCGCCCGCACUGCCCCAGGUCAGCCCUCAGAGACAGCCACACCUGCCACAGGCUCCCAGCAAGGCCCAGGGCGCCCCAGGCUGCCUCUUCCCAAGCCCGCCACCUCCUCAAGCUGCAAAGGACACCAGCCAUAGGCAGGACGCGCGGCCGCGGCGUGCCCUGUGCACCCCCUGCGGCCCCCGGCCCAAGCCCAAGACGGUGUCGGAGCUGCUCCGAGAGAAGCACCUGCGGGAGGCCCGAGCACGCAAGGCCGCCCAGACCCCCGCGGCCCUCCCGACCCAGCUGCUGCUGUCACCCCUGAUCCUGCAGCCCCCUCUACUGCCAGCCCCCCACAGCCCGGGCGAGAGGGCCCUGCUGCUGCCAGCCCCACCCCUCCCUCUGGCAGGCAGCCUCCCCACUGCCACCCAGAAGCAAGGCCUGGCAGCUGCGCCCCAACUCCUGCCUGUCCUCCAGGGCCCUGCUCUGCUGCCCGGGCAGCCCAUUACCUGGCUGCUCACAGCCCAGGGCCUGCUGCCUGUGCCCGUGCCACCCCCAGCCAACAUCCCCCAGCCUGCGAGGGCACCGCAGCCACCAGCACCGCCCGAGACACCUGCCUGCUCGGCACAGCGCCCAGCCCCCGCCUCCGAGACAGACCCCUUGGCCACCCCUCCCCUGGCCUUCAGCACUGCAGAAGCGAGUGGUGGGAUCCCUGCAGCCGGAGAGACAUCUGUGCCCCGGGCCCCCCUCCAAGCUGGCCACCCCGUCGCAGCGCGCCCCCAGCCCAGCCAGCUGCCUGCCCACGGUGACCCAGGAGGGCCGUCAGAGCCGGAGAAGCAACCACCUCCCUGCCUGGGGCCAGAGAAGGGGGCCCUGGACCUGGGCCUGCUCUCCUGGGAGGACGAGGGGACCGUCCAGGCAUGGCUGAAGGGGCAGCACGGUGUGCACGUGUCCCCGCUGCAGAACCGGCUGCCCUACCAGCCCCCAACCCUGUGUGGCCUACGUGUGCUGGCCCGGCUGCUGCUGCAGAAGAAGGGCCUGGAAAGCCAGGCAGCCUCCCUGGCGGCCGGGCCCGGGGCCCUGCAGGCUGUACUGCAGCUGGCCCGGGAGCAGCUGCAGGACAACCCUGCCUACUUGCUGCUCAAGGCGCGAUUCCUGGCUGCGCUUGCCCUCCCUGCGCUGCUGGCCACGCUGCCUCCACCAGGGGUCCCCACCACCCUGUCGGCCCUGGGCACAGGCUCUGGUAGCGAGGACGAGGCCCUGGGCGAGCUGCCCUUCUGCCAGGAGGACAGUGACCUGCUGGGGCCGCCGGCUGCCAGCCUCAGCCAGGGAGCGCAGGCUGCAGGUCCAGGCUCGGCCCCCACCUGCCCUGGGGCCAUGGAUGGCCUCAGUGUGCUCCGGACCCGGCGCUCCUGGCACCCCCGGAAGCAGAGAUGAGGGUGAGGCUCCCGCUGCAAGCCAGGACCCCCCACCAUGGCCGCCUAAGGAAUAAAUCGAAGUGGGAUUUUUGUCGCACA